CCCAUUUGUUCCUCGUAACAGUCAAAGGACGGCCAAAACCACGUGUAAAUAUAUCUGUUUAAUUAUAUCCCAAAAUUAAGUCACCAAAACUAGCAAACGCACAAAAAAUAUUCAGUUUGACCCGCAAGAGAUCGAAAAUUUUUGCGUUAUCUAUUUACCAAUAAAGUUGUUCCAUAUACUCAAAAUCGUCGUGGUCUUGGUGUAAAAGGGGCUUCCAAUAAAGUUUUUUUCUUCAUCGUCGUAGACAUGGUAACACUGCAAGUGAACAUAAAAAUCGAAAACUGAUUUAUUUACAAUAAACAAAAGCGCUUAUCGGCUCCAGGACGCGCAUAUGCUGACAACCAUUUGGCUAAAGGUUUAACACAAAUUCCUUCCAACGACGCGGACUACUGGUAGUACCCGCAGCCUAAAUUGCCGCGAUGCCGUGCUGGUAUUACGACAAAAAGGAGCUGCGGGAGACGCCCUCGAUCUUGGAUGGAAUAAGCUUCGAAACGGAGCGGCGGUACAGAAAAGAAGGUGCUCGAUUUAUUAUGGAAUGUGGCACCAAAAUGGGCUUGGGCCACAACACGAUGGCCACCGGCGUUGUAUAUUUUCACCGAUUUUACAUGUUUCAUUCGUUCCGGAGUUUCCCCCGGUACGUGACUGCGUGCUGCUGCCUGUUCUUUGCUGGCAAGGUGGAGGAGACGCCAAAGAAGUGUCGCGACAUUAUUAAAACUGCGCGUGGCAUCCUUACCGACAAUUACUUCUACUCGUUUGGCGACGACCCUAAGGAGGAGGUGAUGACGCUAGAGCGUAUUCUGCUGCAGACCAUCAAAUUCGAUUUGCAAGUAGAGCAUCCUUACACCUUUCUCCUAAAGUACGCUAAGUGUUUCAAAGGCGACCAGCAGAAGCUGCAAAAGAUGGUGCAAAUGGCGUGGAACUUCGUCAACGACUCUCUCAGCACAGUAGUUUGUCUACAGUGGGAGCCGGAGAUUAUCGCCGUGGCUCUUAUCCAUUUGGCCAGCAAGCUAAGCAAAUUCACUGUGCAAGACUGGGAGGGCCGCCAGCCACAGCAGCAGCGUUGGUGGGAUAUGUUUGUGUCUGAUGUAACGAUGGAAAUACUCGAAGACAUCUGCCACCAAGUUCUGGACCUGUACCAAUCAACCCAAAAAGAAGCGCUCCAGCCAACCAGUCCGCCCCAAAAGCCACCAAGCAGAGCCGACAGUCCAAAAUCCGGCAAGCUUACCAAUUCUACGGGUAUUGGACCACUUUCCGUUCCACAACAGCCGCCGCCCCCCGUAUGUGGCAACGGUGGCGUGCUGGAAGUUAGCAACAUUCAGAGCAUUAAAUCCCUAGCCAGUGGCGUGCCAAUCAUUGGUCCUAGCGACUCCCAGAACCUGUUACAGGGCCCAACACCACCAGGUCAGCCAUCCGGGUACCACAUUUAUCAUGCUCCUCCACCGCCGCCCCCGCCGGUAGUGCCUAUGCCGCCGUACCCCUCUUCCGGAUGGGGAGUCCAGCAGACAGUGGUCGGACACUAUAGCGGGAGCGCUGCACCACCACCACCAAUGCCGCCUAGCUUGCCUCCAGGAGCCAGUGGAUACUACAACGCCGGUGGGCGUCCAUCGCAGCAGCGCUACUAGUAGAUGCAAUGACUAAUAAACAAGUAAAAAAAAUUUGUAUAUUAAAACUAGCGAACCGUUCGGAAUAGGAUUUAGAGCGGGGAUCUUCGUACGGUUCGGUUUUCUUUUUUGGUUACACUCUAGGCCCAAUAUUGUCCCGGGGUAUUUAUCAAUGAUUUUUAUUCCCUUAUUUUAAGUCCUUACCCUUUCACAUGUACUUGUUAGCAGAAUUUUGCUGAAAUGAUGUUUCCAAAACUGAAUAAAACCAAAUGAACUAGAAAAAAAUAUUUUGGACAUUGGGGCACUAACAAAAAUAGAUUCUUAUUAAAAUUGGCGAAACGUUGAGACAAAGCGGAAUUGGAGUAACGGCGAAGUUUAUAACAGUGGAAGAUAAACAUGAGAAAUAUGUGAGAACAAUUUUUCAAAAGUGUGGGCGUGGCAGUUUUGGGGGUUUUGUAUGUAAAAGGAGGGGCGUGGCCAGUGUUUUUGGUAUGCAGAUAAAAAUUGGCAAGUCAAACAAUAAAACGAAGAAAAAUCUAAAAAUUUUUAAAUAGUGUGGCGCUAUGUGUCUCCGCAAACUGUAUGCUUAAUCUCAACCAUCUAGCUUUUAUAGUUCAUGAGAUCUCGACGUUCAUACGGACAGACGGACAGUCGGAAAGUCAGAUAUGGCCAGAUCGACUCGACUAUUGAUCCUGAUCAAGAAUAUAUAUACUUUAUAUGGUCGGAAACGCUUCCUUCUGCCUGUUACAUACAUACUUACAACGAAUCUUGCACCUUUUACUCUACGAUUAAUGGGUAUAAUAACUCUUUAGAUGUUUGAAUAAUUUUUGGAAUGAUACAUAGUGUGCGAAGAUUGCUCGGCUAUCAGAAACAACAGUGCAGUUUUGCAGUUUCCAUGGACUUUAUUCUUGCCCAUGGUACACUUGGAAUAAUAACGACUGCCCAGGCUACCUCGAUUCGUAUGUUUAUUAUAAAUAUAAUUAUGUCGUAGGCCAACGGUUUCGUUUUCCAGGCUAAAGACGAAAAUGUUCGAAAAUAAUAUUAUUGACUUUGUUCGAUGUUCUUCAAUUUAAUUUAAUUUUUAAAUGGUGUUAAAAAUAAUUAAUUUCCUUUUAUCUUUCAAAUUUUAUAAAGUCGAUUUCUCUGAAACCAGGCUCUUUGAUGUGAUACUUACCGCGCUCUGCUUUCGAAACAUCAACUACUUUGUCUCAGUUCGUUGACUUGCUUCGUUACAAACGUCUCGAUCUUUUCGCUAAAAGAUCUAGCUGACUUUUAGUUCUCCCGCGCUCUAGGUCCAAGGACCUCUAUUUCACCAAAGACACUAUGAUAAUUUUAGUAAUUUAUAAAUUAACUAAACAAAAUAAUUUUAGUUUGGUAUUAUUCUAGUGUUGCUUUACCGUAAGUUGGCUAUAUUUAGACCAGGUAUUCGGAUACUUCAUUUUUAUAACAAUUGCAAAUAUAGUGGUAAAACACGAAAAAAUUAACAAAAUAUUUUUGCGGUUAUACAUAAAUUUUUCAAUGCAGAAAUAAUUUCUCAGAAAUAAUAAAAUAUUAUAUAAAUAUCAAUAUGAAGAAUAUGAAUAAGCUUUAGAGUAUUACUUAUUGCCGUUUUAUCAAGGGCUAAAUAACACAUCUAAAUAAAUAGUGCAAUAGGAAAAGGAAAGUUUUAUAUUAUAUAUUAAGGUUUAAAGCUAGGGCAUAAUCUAUUAGACUAAAAUUUACAUUGUGUUCUGAUCACUACCCACUUAUUGCCAUAUAUGUUGCAGGAAAGGUCUUCCGUUGAUGUUUUUCGCCAGAAUGCUAUGGUACUUCCAAUGAAGCUGAGUUUUUGUCAAGGGAUCUACACGUUUGUCGACCUUGUGAAAGACAAAAGCCAGUUCUGACUGGAUUAAAAGUUUGCAUUUGUUUGUGCUCUACUAGUAUGCCUGGCAUACAGUUCUGUACAGUUCAAGUCUUCAAGUCGUUAUGAUAUAGGACCACCUCUGUCGAAGGGAAUAAAUUAAGAUCGUACUUGUCAAUACUCCAACUAAUUUUAUUGAGUAAAUCUAACAGUACUUAAGAGUAAGAGUUAAGAUUCACAUAAUAUGCUUAUGCCAACAGAAUUGUGUAAGACAACAAAUUUUGGGUAAGUGGUAAUGCUAUAUAGCCAACUGGACAGAACAUGUUUAUGCCAGUAAGUCGUUCACGACCUGAAAAACGAUAGUCCGUGUUGGACUAACACUUUUACCUGAAAAAUAACAUUCUCCUGGCCGUUGAAGUGUUAAAUAAGUAAUUAAAGAAGAUUGAAUUUUAAAUUUAAAACAGCAGAAAUUCUUGAUUUGUUUUUUAGUAGCCGGCUUACUAACUAUACGCGUGACUCGUAUAGAGAGAGUAUACUAGAUUCGUUGUAAAGUAACAGUGACAUUCAUACGUGCUAGAAACUAACUUGUGAGUUUUAAAGCAACACAAAAAUUUGGACCAGCAAGAAAUAUGUCGUUCUAUACGCAGGGAACUCUUAGUAGAAACUUAUCAGCUAAUUCAAUGUAGUUAUAAACCGCUUGCAAGAUCCCUUUCUUAUAAAAAGCAUAGAGUAUAAUAAAAUUCUGAUUGUCUUAAUUCGAAUGUAGAGCCUUUUUCCUGUCUUUGAGCUGGCCCACCAAUCCGAGAAAUAUUUUUUCCAAUAUAUGUGUGGUGUGUAUCUCAUACUGUUUUGUUUUCAGACAUGUAUAUAUAUAUAACGCUAAAGUAAGAUUAAAAACGAAAGGCGGGUAACAACGAAGACGAAAGAAGAAUUCAGGAAGAUGAUGAUCAACUGAGAUGAGUUGAGUUAGAAAAUGUUUUUUAUUAUAUUAUUUUUAUUUAUAUUAUCCAAAAAUCUGCAGUAGCAAUUAUGUUGCGUCACGGCCCUUGAACGACGUGCAGAACACAGCCAGCCUUAUGAGAAAAGUUUAAGCACUUGGAUUGCAGUCGUUAAAAAUUCUUGCUGUCAAACAAUUAAAAAACUGUGACCUUAUGUUACCCUUGCUGGCCAUGUUUGUUUUAAAUAGGCUUCUGUGUCACAAUUAUUUCUAACGCAUGGCGCUCACUCGCUAGCAAAACAAUCUAAUGCAAAAUUCGAAUAACAAAACAAGAGAGAAUGCUAUAUAUUUCCCUUAUAUGACCGGAAAACUAUGUACCUGUUACAUAUGUUUCAACGACUCUAGUAUACCUUUCUACUCUACAAGUAACGGGUAUAAUUACAUAUGUAUAUGUACAUAUGUACAUACAUACAUAUGUAUUACGUAUUCCGUAAACAAAUAUGCACAUUACAAUAUAAGGCGUUGAUAGGCGAGGCAGAUACAUAUAUUUGUAUUGAUACCUGUAUAUUAUGGCCUACAUAGAAAACAUUUUUGAGCUUUAAACACCAACUAAACUUUGAGUUUCUUUAUUUUCUUUUUUUUUUAGAGCGGAGAGACUUUUGAACCCGACUUAAGCGGUGGGUCACGGCCAUGCGAUCACCUGAUUUAAUAUGGAAGAUGACUUAUUAAAAAAAAUUAAACAAUAAAACUGGGCUAAGCACUUCUAGAGAGAUGAUGUGUAUCCGGCUUAAUGUGAAAAUAAAUGAGUGGUUGUGCAAAUACGUCCUAACAUUUGCGGGUUAGAGUCAGUACCCCACUCAUGUAAUACUGCGGGAUCAUUAAAUAUUCGGGCAGGGUGCGUUUACAAAAGGAGGUUGACGACGAUGCCUGUGCUUGUGUGGAUGCUGCUACUGUUGCCUGACGCACGAUGUGACCAACCUUUCCUGAAAAAAAUAGAAUGUUAUUUUGUAAAAAAAAAUAACAAUUUAAUACAAUUUGAAAUGACUUGUAUUCUGCGUUAACCUUACAAAAAUUGUUACGCCCACUGGCUAAGUAACGGAAAUCUGAAAUUUGAAUAAAUCGACUAUAAGAUUCUCUCGUCAUUAAUUGACUUCCCUAAAGUUCUUAGGGUAGCAAUUAUGUAGUCUCACGGACUAGCCUAAUUAAGGUCAAAUUGCUUCCCUCUUGCGUAUAUUGGCAAAAUUUCAUUAGUUUACAAUUAAAGAAAAGAACUUGUUUAGUGUCUCUGUGUCAGGGGUAACAAUACUUACUAAUCCAUAUAUAUAUAUUUGUAUAUCUAUCGAUAUUCCAGAAAAAUUAUGAAAUUUCGCGAUCGCAUUUCUACUAGCUGAGUAACGGGUAUCUUAAAAUCGGCGAAGCCGACUAUAGCGUUCUAUUUUAUGAUUAGAAAACAUUUUUCUUACUGAAUAUGUAAAUAUGU